CGAUCGCGAAAAUAAGGAUUUGGUGUCAGCAUUAUGGCCGCUUAAAACAAGAAUUGCGUAUCAGGUGAUAAACGGGAUGGCAUAUUUGCAUGGUGUACAACCACGAAGAAUACUUCACCUUGAUCUCAAAUCACAAAACGUUCUUUUAGAUCAAGAUUUAAACGUGAAGUUGUGCGAUUUUGGUCUCUCACAAAUGCACACGUUGUCAGUUUUAAGCAGAGCGUCGACUUUUACAGCGAAAGAUGGGGAAAACAACGGCGGUAUAAGAGGAACAUAUAGUCAUAUCGCACCGGAAUGUUUCAAAAAUCCAAACCUAAAACCGACUGUUAAAUCCGAUUCAUACAGCUUUGGGAUUUUUGUAUGGGAGCUUCUGACAAACAAGCAGCCUUACCAAUAUGCUGAACCGCUUGCGAUAAUACAAGCAGUAUGCGCUGGGACACGACCAGAUCAACGUUUGAUCCCAAGCUCUGCCCCAAAGUUGAUGUUGCAGGUUAUGGACCAAUGUUAUCACGUUAAUCCAAGCGACCGACCGUCGUUUAAAGAUAUGAUGAAGUUGUACAUUGAUGAUUAUGAGACUUAUUGGUUGCCCUGUGUGAAUGCAGCUGUAACUAAAGCGUUAUUUGAAAAUCGGUUGCAGUGUAGUGCUGCUACGGGUGAAACACCAGGCUCGAGCGAGAUUGAGAUUUCCGAUACGGAAUCAUUACGUAAUAUGCAAAUUGCUAACAUCAUGCGCUCUACUACGAAUGAAAGAACAAGCAAAUGGCUGCAGCUUGAGAGCUUGAGCUCGGGUUAUACUUCUGAAGAUAAAAACAGCAAAGCAACACGUCUCGAAUUUUCACCAGGAAAUGGAACAACUUACCCGAAAGUACUUCUGGAUUCAGAUAGCGGAGUUUCAGACGUACCCACCAACAAUGAGUCCCACGAGCUGGUGAAUGGACAACUGAGUGUAAAACAAAGCGACGAAGCACAGUCGGAAAGAUACUCCACAGAAAGACGUAACUACACAUUCACAAGCAUUGAGUCGCUCCUUGGACGACAACCCGCGCCCGCCAGCACCAGUAACGCACCGCACCUUAAUCUUGGUACAGUGCAAGAAGGGCAUGAAAGGUGUCCUAUUGUGCGCGCUGAUACAGAAUUAGACGAAGACGAUCUGAAUAAUUUGCUUCCCUUGCGAGUUGUACCAGGACGGAAAAGUAUUUGCUGCAAACUUGGAAAAGUGCCGAAAAUAAUACUGAUCGUAACAGCUGUUACAAUAUUCCUUGGCGCUGGUGCUUUACUCGUUCUUCUAUAUACUCACAACGAGGGUUCAAAUUUGAUGGAUAAACAUUUACCAUAUGAUGUUUCUGGCAACUGGACAACAAACCAAACUUCAAUGGAAUGCCCACCAAUAAAAGUAAACAAAAACAGCAGAAGCAAAUGCCAACUAUCCAAGUUUAACUUGUUGAAGUGCACAUUUUCCUGCGACGAUGGUUUUCAAAUGAGUGGAAGAAAAGAAACAACUUGUCAACCUACAGGACAGUGGACAAAUCCUGCGCCAUUGUGUCUAAGUGAAGUGGUAUUAAGCACACCAAAACAAGCAGAUCUUCAGAUAGCCACAACAGAAACAGUCCCGAUACAGUAUUGUCCUUUGCCAAACAGUAGCCAGGUUGUUAGUCUUCAAUGCGAUCUACCAAAAUUACACAAUGAGGCAUACCGUGUUGGCUCAACUUGUUCCCUUGUUUGCUCUGGAGGUUAUAAACCAGCCUCAUCCUAUGUGUCAAGUGCAACAUGCCAAGCAAGCGGGAAAUGGAGUCGACCGUUCGGAGAAUGCAAAAAAUAUUGCCCGCAUGAUCAAGUCCCCAGUGAUUUGAAGAUGGUUACCUGCACCGAUCAGGAUUUUGUUCGUAGCAUUUGUACAUACGACUGCAGGAACUCAAAACCCAUUGGAAGAACCCGGCGUACAUGUUUAGAAACAGGAGUGUGGGGUGGAGAGUCGUUUACCAGUUGCUCAUGUCGUAAUUGUUACGGUGGAAAAUACUGUCAGACUGAAUUAGGAUGGAAAAUAGCGAAAGCAGAUCUUUACACUAAGUUAACAGGGGACAAGAAACCUGUAGAGGUCAAAUAUGGAGAUAAAGUUAUAACUUGUGAAAGCGACUGCGACAUAUUAUUCUUAAAUUACGAUUGUACGUGCAAAGACUCAAGCAUUGUCAGGGAUUUUACCUGCAACGAUUACCUAACCCGAAAGCAAGCCUGUGCUCAUGCCCUUGCACUACUCUUACGGAGUCUUGUGGUAGAAGGUGUCUACGAAGCUCCAUGCGAUCUCGGGGAAUCUUAUUCAGCUUGCUAGAAAAACAUUUGCUGUGGUCAUAGUGUGUAAAAUCGACUAAUGUAAGAACAGGUUGUAUAUAUUAUGUAUAAAGUUAUUUCA